AUGCUGCGCGUGGUGUGCAUCAAGAAAUCAAUCUACACCGACAGCAAGAACGCCACUACCACUGCUGUAGAUUCUUCUGACUCGGAGAAACAACAUCUCACUCAAGGCGAGAAAUUGUACCCACUGGCUGAACAGCUUGAGCCGUUAUCAGGAGGGAAGGUGACAGGGAUGCUGGGUGAAGCAAUGGAAGCUCAGCAGAGAAGCAAAGUUGAAGAGGCCAGCGAUACUGUUGACCUUGCAUCCAGGAGCACUCCUGGUAACAUUGAGCCGACAAAGAGAAGUUGUAGAAUAUUUGCUGCAACCACUAGGAUUCUUGCUGCCAACGACUCAGCUUCCAGCAGCGGUGCAGCGAUCCCCCUCCCUGCUUGUCGCUGCAUCCUCCACCAGUUGGCUGUCAAACUUGGGCAUGAUCCUCGGAGAGAUGGAGUUUAUAUCGAAACACAUACAUGCAAGAAAGGGGAAAGGAAAGGGAGUUAUGUGCCACAGGCAGCAACAACAAUUAAAGAACUCAAAGAGAAUGCUGAAAAGCACCCUGAAUGGAAGGAAAAGAGCAUUCAAGAAGGUGAUCUGUUUGCACGCGCAUGUGGAAUGAAGGAGCCCAGGGGUCGUGUCCGUGUGUUAGGUCUAGGUCGAACACCUCAAGAUUUGGGCACACCGGGUACACGGGGUAAACUGAGCACAAGAGUUCUAGUUGAAAUGCAAGGGCGUCGAGAAGCUGAAAAUCGCUAUAACAUGCUCCAGGGGCAUGUGCAACAAAUGGAAGAACGAAUGAACCGAAUGGAAUUGAUGUUAGCUUCACAAGGAAGGCAUAAUCUGGAAACUCCUAGCUCGCAGCAUGGUUCCAAUUCUCGACAAAACUCCGGAGCUGAAGCUGAGGAACAUAAUGAUGCUGAAGAAGAUGUUGAACAGGAUGAUGAAGAGCCAUUUGUUCAAAGAAGAGUUGUUGCAAAGCCCCCUGCAAGAAGCUCAUCAACCUAUCACUACAGGAAUCAGCUAUUUUGUCGUCUGCCAUGGCGGACGGCAAAGGCAUGAACGGCGGACGGCAAAAGCCUUUGCCGUCAACCGCGGACGGCAAAAGGCUUCGGCAAAGUAGG